CUCAACAAAAUGGCGGGCGGCCGGCGCAGCCAAAAUGCAGCGCUGCUCAGCAACGUCGUCGACGUCGCCGCGAUGCUGCUCUAAACGAAUGCGCAUAGAUCGAGCACAUAGCGAGCAAGCGUGAGCGAGAGCGAGAGCGAGAGAGAGAGAGAGAGCGCGCGCAACAGACAGAACAGGAGCGACUGAGAGAAAUAGAGAAAGCUAGACGGUAACCAGGCAGCCACAUCCAUCCAUCCAUCCACAGCUAAGUUGCGCAGCUGCCGCCGCAGGCAAGCGGCUGCUAAGCGGUUAAGCGGUUCAGGUGCCAGACUUCAGUCAUCGCAGAGCGGCGACGCAGCGCACAGACUACGCACCAAAAUGCCUGGCGGACGACGUGGACUUGUUGCUCCGCAGAACACAUUCCUUGAGAACAUAAUACGGCGCUCCAAUUCGCAGCCGGACAGCUCGUUUCUAUUGGCCAACGCACAAAUCGUCGAUUUUCCGAUCGUCUACUGCAAUGAGUCCUUCUGCAAGAUUAGCGGCUACAACCGAGCCGAGGUCAUGCAGAAGUCGUGCAGGUAUGUAUGCGGCUUCAUGUACGGCGAGCUGACAGACAAGGAGACGGUGGGACGGCUGGAGUAUACGCUGGAGAAUCAGCAGCAGGAUCAAUUCGAAAUAUUGCUCUACAAAAAGAACAAAACGCCGCUAUGGCUGCUGCUUCAGGUGGCGCCCAUACGCAACGAAAGGGAUUUGGUUGUGCUAUUCCUAUUGACGUUUCGGGAUAUAACGGCACUGAAACAGCCCAUCGACAGCGAGGAUACCAAAGGUGCAGUUAAUCUAUUCCUUCCAGUUUUAGGUCUCUCCAAAUUCGCCAAACUGGCGCGAUCCGUCACACGCAGCCGCCAGUUCAGCGCUCAUUUGCCUACGCUCAAGGAUCCAACGAAGCAGUCGAAUCUGGCGCACAUGAUGUCACUGAGCGCGGAUAUUAUGCCACAGUACAGACAGGAAGCGCCAAAGACGCCCCCACACAUACUCUUGCAUUAUUGUGCAUUUAAAGCGAUUUGGGACUGGGUGAUAUUGUGUUUAACAUUUUAUACCGCCAUCAUGGUGCCAUAUAAUGUAGCGUUUAAAAAUAAAACCUCAGAGGAUGUUUCCCUGCUCGUUGUCGAUUCAAUAGUUGACGUCAUCUUCUUCAUAGAUAUCGUGUUAAAUUUUCACACCACUUUUGUGGGCCCCGGCGGUGAGGUGGUCAGCGAUCCGAAGGUCAUACGAAUGAACUAUCUGAAGUCAUGGUUUAUCAUCGAUCUGCUCAGCUGUCUGCCCUACGAUGUCUUCAAUGCGUUCGAUCGCGACGAGGACGGCAUCGGUUCGCUCUUCAGCGCCCUCAAGGUGGUCCGUCUGUUGCGUUUGGGCCGUGUCGUACGCAAGCUGGAUCGCUAUCUGGAGUAUGGUGCGGCCAUGCUGAUACUUCUGCUGUGCUUCUAUAUGCUGGUUGCCCACUGGCUGGCCUGCAUCUGGUAUUCAAUUGGGCGCAGCGAUGCGGAUAAUGGGAUCCAAUAUAGCUGGCUGUGGAAGCUGGCGAAUGUGACCCAAUCGCCGUAUUCCUAUAUAUGGAGCAAUGAUACGGGCCCCGAGCUGGUCAAUGGUCCAUCCAGAAAGAGCAUGUAUGUGACGGCCCUAUAUUUUACCAUGACCUGCAUGACAUCGGUGGGCUUCGGCAAUGUCGCAGCGGAGACAGACAACGAGAAGGUGUUCACCAUCUGCAUGAUGAUCAUUGCAGCUCUGCUUUAUGCGACGAUCUUUGGUCAUGUGACGACCAUCAUUCAGCAAAUGACCUCGGCCACCGCCAAGUACCACGACAUGCUCAAUAAUGUGCGGGAGUUCAUGAAGCUGCACGAGGUUCCGAAGGCGCUUAGCGAGCGCGUUAUGGACUAUGUCGUCUCCACGUGGGCCAUGACCAAAGGCCUCGAUACCGAAAAGGUACUAAACUAUUGUCCGAAAGAUAUGAAGGCUGACAUAUGUGUUCAUCUAAAUCGCAAAGUAUUUAACGAGCAUCCAGCAUUUCGUCUGGCCUCGGAUGGUUGUCUGCGCGCAUUAGCGAUGCACUUCAUGAUGUCCCACUCGGCGCCGGGGGAUCUGCUCUAUCAUACCGGCGAGAGUAUCGAUAGUCUCUGUUUUAUUGUGACUGGCAGUCUGGAGGUUAUACAGGACGACGAGGUUGUGGCAAUAUUGGGCAAAGGCGACGUCUUCGGCGAUCAAUUCUGGAAGGACUCGGCCGUUGGCCAGAGUGCCGCCAAUGUGCGUGCACUGACCUAUUGUGAUUUGCAUGCCAUCAAACGUGAUAAAUUGCUCGAAGUCCUCGAUUUCUAUUCGGCAUUUGCGAAUAGCUUUGCACGCAAUCUGGUGCUCACCUACAAUCUCAGACAUCGACUGAUUUUUCGCAAGGUGGCCGAUGUGAAGCGCGAAAAAGAAUUGGCCGAACGGCGUAAGAAUGAGCCGCAAUUGCCCCAGAAUCAGGAUCAUCUUGUACGAAAAAUCUUCUCCAAAUUCCGGCGUACACCCCAGGUUCAAGCGGGCAGCAAGGAGCACGUUGGCUCCGGCCAAAGCGAUAUCGAGAAAGGCGAUGGCGAGGUCGAACGCACCAAGAAGCUACCCGCUAAACUAACAUUAACCGAGGACUCACGCAUCCUAACAACCGCCGUCGUACCCUCACCAUCGCCAUCACCCUCGCCCUCAUCGGGUCCACCAUCUGCACGUAGUACCCGUGCUAGCAAAUGGGGACGCCUUCUGGGCAGUUCAAGUGUCGAUUCAGCUAGCGAUACUAGCGCCAAGGUAGCCGUCUCGAGAAGUUUGAGCGCCCGCGAAAGUCUGCGUGAGAGCACUGCCCAAGCGAGGCAGAGUAGUACUUCGAGUAGCAAUGGUGGACAAGGCAAUAAACAUUUACAAUUAAGCAAAGUAUUCCCCAAGGCGCCGAAGCUGCAGGCCAGCCAGGCGACGCUGGCGCGCCAGGACACCAUCGACGAGGGCGGCGAGGUUGACUCCUCGCCGCCCAGCCGGGACAGCCGGGUGGUCAUCGACGGCGGCGCCGCGACAACUGUCGCAACGGUGCCAGCAGCUGCGCUGGCGCCUGGCGCAACGGCCAGUGCGACCGGCGUGGCAGCAGCACCAGCAGCGGCAGCGAGUGGCUGCGCCAAGGAGCGCAAUCUGGCGCUGGAGCGGGAGCGCCAGAUCGAGAUGGCCAGCUCGCGGGCAACCACAUCGGACACAUACGAUACGGGGCUGCGUGAGACGCCGCCAACGCUGGCGCAGCGCGAUCUGAUUGCCACCGUGCUGGACAUGAAGGUGGAUGUGCGGCUCGAGCUGCAGCGCAUGCAGCAGCGCAUCGGCCGCAUCGAGGAUCUGCUGGGUGAGCUGGUUAAGCGGGUGGCGCCGCAAAUGGACAGCAGCGGCCAGACAACGCCUGGUGACGAAAUCUGUGCCGGCUGCGGCGCUGGCGGCGCCCCAACAACAUCAACAGGCACACCGACAACGGCAGCAGCAGCAGCAACGGCAACGGCAACGGCCAGCACGCCGGUGGACACUGUGAUAACCAUCUCAUCGCCGACAGCUGGUGCCGCCGGCACGGCCAUAACAACAGCGAGCGCUGGCGCUGGCAGCGGUCUACUAAAUCCAAGCGUCCAAGUUGUGUCGAGCACGGGAGGCAACGGCCUGGGGCCGCUGAUGCUCAAAAAGCGACGCUCGAAGAGCAGGAAAGCACCGGCGCCUCCUAAGCAGACACACGCCGCAACGGCCACAACGCUAACGGCUGCUGUUGGAUCUGUUACUGGAUCUGGUACGACGAGCGUGACAGCGUCAGCGACUGCGUCUGCAACUGGAACAACAGCAGCAGCAGCAGUAACGACUCCAGCUGCCGCUGUCGAGCUGCUGCAUCUGCGUCUGCUCGAGGAGGACUUCAGUGCCGCGCAGCUGAUGCCGACCAGUCUGGCUGGCACGCCCACAACAAUCGGCGGCACACCGCCGGCCGGCACACAGACGCCAACGACAACAACAGCGGCAACAAGCGGGACAACAACGCCAACGGGCAGCGGACGCAGCAUCAAGCGGGAGUUCCUCUAGCCCAAAAUACUGGUGCGCCAUCAGUCGGCGGAUAGCAGCAGCUUCGAGCAGUAAAAUCGCGCCGACUGACGCGGAUCGGGGGUACAAGCCAUUCAGAGUUUGCCUAUGCAUACGCUUAGCUAGUCUCUAGUCCAUUGAUUGUGCAUACAAACUAGUGUCUAUGCCUAAGUCCUUAUAUGAUGUAUAGCUCUAUAUUUAUAUAUACUUAUAUAUAUAUAUAUAUAUACUUAUAUUUAUGUAUACACGAUGUAUGUGCAGCUGUAAACUAUUUUAGAUACACGUACACUCACACUCACUAUCUACCUAUCUAUUUCUGGAAAUGUCUCUUUUUAUACUACACAAACUCGCUGACGCUUUGAGCAAUCAGUUGAUUGAUUGAUUGAUUGCUCUCCUAACUCGUGCACUUAAUGCUCUAUCUCUAUGUCUCUCGCUCUAUCCUGACUCGCAGGCAACAUUUUGCUAGCGGUACAAAUUUUCCUUUCCCUCUCUCUUUCGCUCUCUCUCUCUCUCUCUCUAUCUCUGAUGUAUCGGAUGAUGUAUGUAGGAGCUCAGACGCUCGUUUUUGAUUAUGAAUUAAGGCAUUGAGCAUAUAGCAUAUUGCUUACGAAUUUGCUACAUUUACUGCAAUUAUUUACCUUUAUAUACGAACAAUAUUAUAUUAGAUCAGAUCAGAGGCGAACUAACUAGUUAUACUACACACACACAAACACACACACACACACACACACACACACACACACACACACUUACAUGAUGUAUGCAUGACAUACAUGAUGUUUAUGAAUAUUUUUGUGAUAAACGCUAAAGCAGGCAAACAGCAAAAAAUGCCAGUGAAUUGUACAUACAAGUAGAAUGUGCUAAAAAAAAAAACAAAAAAAACAACAAA